AUGAUUAUUUAUUUAAUCCCAUCUAUUAUUGGUCUUCUAUCGAUAGCUAUAGCAUUUUUUACUAAAACUUCAAUGCUUGCAUUAUUCACGAUUUUGUAUCCGUUCCUUUAUUUACUCGACCUAUAUGCACGUUAUAAACGUCAUAAAUUAGCUCAGCCAUGGCCUGCGAAAGAUAAGGUGGUCCUGAUAACUGGUGCUUCAAGUGGAAUAGGUCGAUCAUUAGCUCACUUGUUCGCAAAACAAGGUUCCACCUUAAUUUUAUGCGCUAGAAGAGAAGAUGCAUUAAUUAACGUGGCUAAUGAAUGUCGAGAUCAAUAUGGAGCGACUAAAGUAAUAACCAUUAAAUGUGAUGUUUCUGAUGAAGAUGAUGUUUCAAAAUUGAUUAAAACAGUAGAAGAUUCAUUUAAUAAAUUGGAUUGUUUAAUUUUAAAUGCUGGAGUAUCUAUGGGUGAACGGUUUGAAAGCAUUUCCGAUUAUAACAUAAUUAAAACAAUUAUGGAUAUUAACUAUUUUGGAUCAACUUAUAUCACAUAUAAAGCUUUAAAUCUUUUAAAAAAUUCUAAAGGAAGUAGAAUUGUGGUGGUUGAUUCAUUUCUUGGAAUUUGUCCCGUUCCAUUGAGAACUGGAUAUUGUGGCUCGAAAUUCGCUCUUAGAGGGUUUUUCGAAAGUUUGCAAUUUGAAAUUUGGGAGCAUGAGAUUUUUGUUGUUAUGGCUUAUCCGGAUGUUGUGAAGACUGAAAUAAAUGACAAUCGAUUAGGUAAAACUCCAUCAAGGUUGGAUAUGAAGAGUGCGAUGUCAUCGGAUGAAUGCGCAAAUAUAAUUUAUAGAGGUGUCGUAAGGGGUGAUAAGGAAAUUUUAUUUGUUGCCAGAGGAGAAUUUGCACGAUUGGCGGAAGGUGUUUUUCCAGAUGCGUGGUCUUAUUUAACAAGAAAAUACUCUUGGAAAAUAGUUGCACCUAGUAAUUCUUGA